AUGGGUGUUGAAACAGCCUCCUUACAAGAUCGCCUCGAGAGAUGGGCGCAGAGGCUACAAAAUUUAACAGUGUCUCCUCUGACCAGAGACUAUCCCGAGAACCAAAAGGCGGAUCUGAAGAGAGCAAUUGAGGCCUUUGAAUCUCUCAAGCUACCAAAGGAUGUGCAUACCGGACUGCAAAAACUCUCUGGAUCAUCGUCCGGCUUCAUUGCUUUCUUGACUGCUUUUGUUGUUCUCGUAGCUCGUUUGACUGGCGAUGAGGAUAUCGCUGUUGCGACCAGCUCAGCGGAAGAUGGCCGGCCAUUUGUCUUACGGGUCUCAAUUGAGCAGUCUGAGACCUUCCAACAGCUAUACUCUAAAGUCGAGAAUGCAUUCAAUCAAGGAGCUGCCGAUAUAGUUCCGCUGGGUAGCCUACGGUCCUACAUUCAGGAAAAGACCAAGUCAGAACGUGCCCCGAUCCUGUUCCGCUUUGCUGCCUACGAUGCCCCUGCCUCAUCACAAGAAUACCCUGCCAAUACCUUCGAAACUACCGACUUGGUUGUCAAUGUUGCAAACGCGAACGGGUCCACGUCCGAGGCGGAACUGGGUGCAUACUACAAUCAGCGUCUGUUCUCAAGCGCCAGGAUUGCUAUCAUUCUGAAGCAGCUUGCACAUAUUGUGCAGAACGCCUCUAAAAAUACCGAGGAAGCGGUUGGAAGAAUUGAUUUCAUGACGGAGGAUCAGCGGUCGCUGCUACCAGACCCCACAUCAGAUCUGCAUUGGUCCAACUUUCGCGGAGCCAUCCAUGAUAUUUUUGCACAGAAUGCCGAGAAGCAUCCGGACAAGCUUUGUGUGGUGGAGACCAAGUCGGAGCAGUCUCCUCACCGUGAAUUCACCUACCGGCAAAUCAAUGAGGCGUCGAAUAUCCUAGGCCACCACCUGGUCCAAGCUGGCAUCGAGAGGGGAGAUGUUGUCAUGGUCUAUGCCUACCGUGGCGUUGACCUUGUGGUAGCUGUCAUGGGUAUUCUCAAGGCCGGCGCAACCUUUUCGGUCAUCGAUCCUGCCUACCCGCCUGAGAGGCAGUGCAUCUACCUCGAUGUUGCCCGCCCACGAGCACUCAUUAACAUCGCGAAGGCCACCAAGGAAGCUGGCGAGUUGACUCAGCUUGUUCGGUCUUUCAUCGAUGAGAACCUUGAGCUGCGGACGGAGAUUCCCGCGCUUGCACUGCAGGAUGACGGUACUUUGGUUGGAGGAUCUGUUGACGGUCAAGAUGUCCUCGCGAAUCAAGUUUCUUUGAAGUCCAAGCCAGUGGGCGUCGUGGUCGGUCCCGACUCGACCCCGACCUUGUCAUUCACCUCCGGUUCUGAGGGUAGACCAAAGGGCGUCAGAGGACGUCAUUUCUCUCUGGCGUACUACUUCCCAUGGAUGUCCGAGACCUUCAAGCUUACCCCCGAUGAUCGUUUCACUAUGCUGAGUGGUAUCGCUCACGAUCCUAUUCAGCGAGACAUCUUCACACCGCUCUUCCUGGGAGCCCAGCUAUUGGUUCCGGCUCGUGAGGAUAUUCAGAACGAGAGACUCGCGGAGUGGAUGCGCGAGUAUAGCGCUACUGUUACCCACCUGACACCUGCAAUGGGUCAAAUUCUUGUCGGUGGUGCCUCUGCGCAGUUCCCUGCUCUUCAUCAUGCUUUCUUCGUUGGUGAUAUCCUGAUCAAGCGAGACUGCCGUUCUCUGCAGGCCUUGGCUCAUAAUGUCAACAUUGUCAACAUGUAUGGAACUACUGAGACUCAGCGUGCGGUCAGUUACUAUGAAAUCCCCAGCUACUCUAGCCAGGAGGGCUUCUUGGAUACUAUGAAGGACGUCAUUCCCGCGGGUCGCGGAAUGGUCGACGUGCAGAUGUUGGUUGUCAACCGGUUCGACCCUAGCCGCAUUUGCGCCAUUGGCGAAGUUGGUGAGAUCUACGUUCGUGCGGGUGGUCUGGCAGAGGGCUAUCUGAGCAACGAGGAAUUGAACAAGAAGAAAUUCCUCACCAACUGGUUCGUUGAUCCGCAGACGUGGGUCGAGAAGGACAAGGCUGAAAGCCAGGGCGCAAACGAGUCCUGGAGGCAAUUCUACGUUGGACCCAGAGAUCGCUUGUACCGCAGUGGAGAUCUGGGCAGAUACACUCCUUCUGGCGAUGUCGAGUGUUCCGGGCGUGCUGACGAUCAGGUCAAGAUCCGAGGGUUCCGCAUCGAACUCGGUGAGAUUGAUACGCACCUUUCUCGGCACCCUCUUGUCCGGGAGAACGUCACUCUGGUGCGAAGGGACAAGUUUGAGGAGCCGACUUUGGUCAGCUACUUCGUGCCAGAUAUGAGCAAGUGGUCCUCAUGGCUCGAAAGCAAGGGCCUCAAGGAUGAUGAUUCUGCCGAAGGAAUGGUUGGCAUGCUCAGACGAUUCCGGCCUCUUCGCGAUGACGCUCGGGAACACUUACGCAGCAAGCUCCCUGCGUAUGCAGUGCCUACGGUCUUCAUUCCUUUGAAGCGGAUGCCUCUGAAUCCCAACGGCAAGAUCGACAAGCCUGCAUUGCCGUUCCCAGAUACUGCCGAACUCAGUGCGGCAGCGCCUCGCCGCAGAUCAUCCGUCCUGCAGACUCUGUCCGAGACCGAGCAGGUUCUGGCCCAGAUCUGGGCUAACCGCAUUUCCAACGUCACCGCUCGCAUGAUUGGACCUGACGAUUCAUUUUUCGAUCUGGGAGGACACAGUAUCCUGGCUCAACAGAUGUUCUUCGAUCUGAGACGCAGGUGGCGCGGAAUCGACAUCAGCAUGAAUGCCAUCUUCCGUAGCCCUACCCUCAGAGGGUUCGCUGCAGAAAUCGAUCGCUUGGUCAACUUCGAGUCAUUCGCAAGUAAUGCCAACGAGGGUGAUGCCACCGCAGAUACUCUGGCCACUUCCAACGAAGCUGAUGACGAAUAUUCCAAAGAUGCUAGGAAGCUCGUUGAGACCUUGCCCGAGUCUUUCCCUGGACGAACCGAGGACAUGCUCUCGGGCGAACCUAUCGUGUUCCUAACCGGUGCAACUGGAUUCCUCGGUGCACACAUCCUCCGUGAUCUUCUCACUCGUAAGUCGCCUUUGGCAAGGGUCGUGGCACUCGUUCGUGGUAAGAGCGACGAGCAGGCUCUCGAUCGCAUUCGGUCUACAUGCAGAGCGUACGGCUUCUGGGAUGAGUCCUGGACUAGCAGGCUGCAGUGCGUCUGUGGUAACCUGGGAGAGCCACGGCUCGGCCUGUCGGAGUCGUUGUGGAAUGAUCUGACAGAACGAGUGGAUGCUGUGAUCCACAACGGUGCUCUGGUGCACUGGGUGUACCCUUACUCUACUCUCAAGCCAGCCAACGUUUUGGGUACCAUUGAUGCUUUGAAGCUUUGCGCGAGUGGAAAGCCCAAGCAGUUCUCUUUUGUCAGCUCGACCAGUGUACUCGACAAUGACCAUUAUGUCCUUGAGUCGGAACGUAGCAUUGCGGCCGGAGGUGCGGGUAUCAGCGAGGAGGACGAUCUGGAGGGUAGCAGCGUCGGACUGGGAACCGGUUAUGGACAAAGCAAGUGGGCUGGCGAGUACCUCGUCAGAGAGGCCGGCCGGAGAGGAUUGAAGGGAACCAUUGUUCGUCCUGGUUACGUUCUUGGUGACUCCAAGACCGGAACCACAAACACGGACGAUUUCCUCAUUCGAAUGAUGAAGGGAUGCAUUCAGCUUUCUGCUCGCCCCAACAUUCACAACACUGUCAACAUGGUGCCCGUCGACCACGUUGCUCGCGUCGUCAUCGCCGGUGCCUUCCAGCCCCCUUGCACGCCAAUCGGGGUCGCACAGGUGACCGGACACCCCAGGCUUCGUUUCAACCAGUUCCUGGGCGCUUUGCAGACCUACGGAUACGACGUACCCCAAGUCGACUAUGUCCCAUGGAAGAUGUCUCUGGAGCAUUACGUCAAUGACGGAAAGCACGAUGAUCCCGAGUCACAGCACGCACUUAUGCCUCUCUACCACUUCGUGACGGCAGACCUGCCCUCCAACACUAAGGCUCCUGAGCUGGAUGACGUUCACGCCGCUGCUUCCCUUCGUGCGGACACCGCCUGGUCGGGCAUCGAUGCCUCCGCUGGCGCUGGCGUGACCGAGGAGCUUGUCGGUCUCUACGCUUCCUACCUCGUGACAAUCGGAUUCCUACCCGCACCAUCUACAUCUGCGACCGGGGCGCGUCCAUUACCUGAGGUCCAGCUCAGCGAAGACCAGAAGAAGGCUCUGGCGAACGUCGGUGGACGUGGAGGUACUUCGUGA